AUGAUUGACCAAGAACAUUACAUCGAUUAUACAACAUCCUCGCUGUUUUCGUUGAGUAACACAACCGAUGAAACAUGUAGCACUGUAGGCACGAAAUCUGCUACCGUCGCAGAGGAAGAGACUAGGUCUGUUGUGGAGAGAGCCUUAUGGUCAAUUCUUCUAAUAAUUAUUAUUCUGGCGUCCAUAGUUGGAAACAUGCUCGUUCUUGCCUGCGUCUAUCUUCACCAUCGGCUGAGAGAAGAGAACUCAAGUAUAUUCAUCGUCAACCUAAGCGUGGCAGAUAUGAUCAGUGCUGCAGUGGUCAUGAUUAGCUCAUUACACGCCCUGGUUUCCGACCAGUGGCUCAUGGGCCCGGCUUGGUGUGAUAUCGUCUAUCGCUACAUAGCGGUCAGACAUGCCUUGCACUAUCACGCCCGAGUAACCAAACUGAGGAUCUACGUGCUGUUGGGAUACGCCUGGUGUUUGGGUUUGUGUUUCGGUCUUGUGCCCAUCUUGUACCACUGGAUUCGGUUUGACUACUGGGAGGCUGUCUGUGCCAUCGAGUGGCACGAGGAUCGCCAGCACGUGCUCCUGUUCGUCACUGUGGGCUUUAGUCUCUGUUUUGUCCUGCCUAGUGUGAUACUCAUCAUCGCCUAUAGCAAGGUAAUGAAGAUAGCGUUGGCACACAAUAAAGUUCACCAACAGAAUGCUGAGAUUCAGGCGAGUGCGGCAACACGGAAAGAGCUGGCAGCGAUAUUCGUACUUCAGACAGCUACGGAGGGGCAUAGAAGAAACAAACACAGCAGCGAUAACAGUUCUCUACAGAAUGAAAACAUAGCAGAGCUCACAGAGGAACUCAACAUCGUAUCGUUUUCUCCUACUCUGGCUUCUGGAAAUGAAGAGGCCCGACCUAAUGUAUUAUAUCAACCAACAGAUACGUAUAUCAGUACUGAAAAUGAGUCACCAAAUGUACAGUGGAAUGGACAGCUGAAACACCCAGAUGGUGCUUCACCCUGUGAAACUGAUACAUAUCAUCAUCUAGUUACGUGUAGCUGGCAGUCGGACGUAGCAACAAGCAUGCAGCCUGCACGAAGUAAAUGUGAGAGUAUUCAACCAUUACAUCACUGCAAUUCACUUGACAUCCUGGUUGAGCAAAGGUCAGUCAUUCAGGCCACACAGUUUAAAUCGGAUCUAUUUAAUAAACUAUAUGUUAAUGAAAAUAUCGACAAUUCAGAGAAAGAGAUUUUAACGAAUGGGAAGGAUCUUUGUUCACAAAGGACAGCUAGCAUUACACUUCCAGACAAAAUCAGUACAGAUAACGAUGGGGACGAAGAAAUACUCAGCCUGAGAACAGAUAACGCAUGUUCAUCCCAUUCGCAACAAACGAGCUCUAAUGAAGUUUGUAAAAAUAUCAUCGCUACGGCUCUUUCAACAACCCCCUUUAAAGAUCAGACUUUACACACAAAUAAAGGAACGCUGGAUAGGCACAACGGGUCAAAUACACAACUAAUAAAACAAACUGUGGAAAGACAAAUACAGGCAACCAUAGAACAAACAAAACAAACUGCAGAGAUCCAAAAGCAACUACCCAGUGAAAAACCUCAUGCAGAAAACUCGACAUCAGUAAGCUUGUGUCGCGGACCUGACAGACGGAGAUUGAAUUCUACAGAGGAUAACAACCACAACCUAACAAGACGACUCUCUCGAUCCGCCAAAAAUAUAACCAGUAUCAGUGCUAAGAAGAAUCAAGUAGCCAGUAACAAAGCAGUCAAGUCUUUGCUUCUUGUUAUGAUCGCUUACUUUAUCUGCAUGACCCCAUUCUGUGUUACCAAACUCUGCAAGGUCGUGUUCAUCAACGACGUCCUGCCAGACUACAUCAAUCUAGUUGCCAGCAUAUUCCAGUACUGUUCCUCUGCAAUCAACCCCCUCAUCUACGGCAUUUUCAGAAAGGACUUCCAAAGAGCAUUUGCGCUGUUGGCUAAACGAUUUCUUGGCAAAUUUGGUGCAACAAAUGCAAAAGCGAGUGAUGCCCAAUCAACUGUUUAUUAA